AUGACACAGCCACAGCAGUCCACUAGCGAGCGAAAUAUUGAGUCGAACAGCACAUUAUCAUUCAUGCUCUCUCUGGAUCAGCGAUAUGGCAAGGGGAAAGCUUGCUUCAAACCUGUUACACCAAGGGCACGACCCUUUGUGAGACUCUCUCUUGUAAUGUGCUUUACCUGGGACUUCUUCUGUGGCCUCGAGACUGCUGAUGAUGUAUUUGCACUUGAACUACAAAUGGUGAUGAAUAUGAGCUUUACUGGGUCCUCCCGCAGCUGGGCCCGUGGCCUGACCCUACAACGUCGCUACUAUGACUUAUGGCAGAUUCAACCCAUAGUGCAAGGCUACGGUAGCAUAUCAUUAAUUCCUGGCCGUCACAACGGCCAGAGAUCCUGCAUCUAUGUCUCUUCCGCUUGA